GAAAGAGUAGAACAGGAGUGCAAUAAUAGUGCGUCACUUCCGUGAAGAACACAUAAUUUCCGUUCCCUGUAGCUAAUCAAAAUAAGAAUGGCGACGUACCGAAAGGUCGGCAGGUUGUUGAGCAUUUCCCAAGGAGUAUUACGUCCGUCUGUAGGCUGUGCUCAUCAAAGAGCUGCUUUACACUGGCCUACAUACAGAUAUGGAGGGUCAAAAUUACAGCCACCGACCAUACACUGUGUUGUUCCAGACAGGACAAUGUUUGUACAGACACAGGACACACCAAAUCCAAACAGCAUAAAGUUUCUUCCUGGUCGUACAGUUCUCGAAUCAGGAACCAUGAAUUUUGACAGUGCUCGUGAAGCGUACUGCUCUCCUCUAGCCAGACAGCUGUUUAGAGUCGAUGGAGUCAAGAGUGUUUUUCUAGGAAGCAACUUUAUCACAAUAACAAGGUCUGAUGCAAAUUUGGAAUGGAAAUUAAUCAAACCCGAUGUUUUUGCUGCCAUCAUGGACUUUUUCACCUCUGGUCUUCCUGUUGUCAAUGAAGACAGUAAACCUAAUGCAGAUACUGAACCAUCAGACGACGACGACGAAGUAGUUUCUAUGAUUAAAGAGCUGCUGGACACAAGAAUAAGGCCAACAGUUCAGGAGGAUGGAGGUGAUGUUCUGUAUCGGGGGUUUGAUGAUGGUGUUGUUAAGCUGAAGCUCCAGGGUUCCUGCACAAGUUGUCCCAGUUCCAUUGUAACCUUGAAGAGUGGAAUCCAAAACAUGCUGCAGUUUUACAUCCCUGAAGUUGAAUCAGUGGAGCAGGUGAAGGAUGAAGAAGAGGAGAUGGAUGCUAAAGUCUGAAUCACGAUCAAGCAUAUUCGAGCAUUCUUCUCUUCGCAGGUUGCCAUCAUGAAGGCCCAUAGCUACAAUAAAAUGCUUUUUAAAUGUGAGAAAGCACCAUCAUCAUCAUUCUUCUAUCUCCAUGUUGUCAUUGUCUACAACAACAUUUACCUUGGGCUAGACAGUUAGGGGAGAGUGGAUUGAAGUGCACACAUCAGUUAUGAUUAUACACAAUUUAUUGGUAUCUCAUAAGGAUUUAAAAUACAUUUAUAUUGCUGCAUAUGUGUAAAUAAAAUGAAUUGACAUUA